AUGGGUUCUGAGCGUGAGAACAAGACGUUCCUCGCGCGGCUCUGCGAACAGGCCGAGCGCUAUGAUGAGAUGGUCACGUACAUGAAGGAAGUCGCCAACAUCGGGGGCGAGCUUACCGUUGAUGAGCGUAACCUGCUCUCUGUCGCGUACAAGAACGUGGUCGGCACCCGCCGUGCCUCGUGGCGCAUCAUCUCCUCCAUCGAGCAGAAGGAGGAGUCCAAGGGCUCUGAUGACCACAUCGGCACUGUCCGUGACUACCGCCAGAAGAUCGAGACUGAGCUGGAGAAGGUGUGCCAGGAUGUCCUAGAUGUCCUCGACGAAGCCCUCAUCCCCAAGGCCGAGACUGGCGAGUCCAAGGUCUUCUACUACAAGAUGAAGGGUGACUACCACCGCUACCUGGCCGAGUUCGCUUCGGGCAACAAGCGCAAGGUCGCUGCCACUGCCGCCCACGAGGCCUACAAGAACGCUACCGACGUUGCCCAGACUGAUCUCACCCCGACGCACCCCAUCCGCCUUGGUCUCGCGCUGAACUUCUCUGUCUUCUACUACGAGAUCCUGAACUCUCCCGAUCGCGCAUGCCACCUGGCUAAACAGGCCUUUGAUGACGCCAUUGCGGAGCUGGAUUCGCUGUCUGAGGAGAGCUACCGUGACAGCACCCUGAUCAUGCAGCUGCUGCGGGACAACCUGACCCUGUGGACCUCGUCGGACGGCAACGAGGGCGAGGGCGCUGGCUCCGCCGAGCCCAAGGCCGAGGAGCAGGAGGCUGCCCCCGCUGCCGAAGACAAGCCCGAAGAGCCCAAGGCCGAGGAGUCUUAA